GAUUAGACUUCAUGUUCUCCUUAAUUUGGUCAUAACGUCGGUUGCUUCAGAAAAUUUUGAGUUGGUGAUGGCGGCGUGGAGGAUGCAGAGGCGAUUACUUUCUCUCUUCACAAGCACAACCACAAGCAGCAGACAACCUCCUAUCUCCCUCCGCAACGAUCCCUCAACGAAUUUUCUUCCUUCUCUCAAUUCAUUCCUUCAUGGUGACCAAUUCUACAAAAAACAAUUCAGAUCAUUUUCAGAAACCAACAAUUCGACUGUCAAAAACACAGUAGAAGUAGAAGAAGAGCAUGAAGCUUCAAGUUCAAAAUCCAUGGAGAAGUCUGAAAUCGAGAAGACUGAAGUCAGCUUCAGUGCUAAAUCUGAGUUGAAGAUAUCUCCACGACAUGAUCUUGCAAUGAUGUUCACCUGUAAAGUCUGUGAAACCAGAUCUGUGAAGACAAUUUCUCGUGAAUCAUAUGAGAAGGGUGUGGUGGUGGCUCGAUGUGGUGGGUGUGAUAACUACCACCUGAUUGCCGACCAUUUGGGGAUUUUUGGGGAGAAAGGGAGCAUUGAAGACAUUUUGGCUGCUCGUGGAGAGGAGGUUAGAAGAGGGAAUUCAGAUACUUUGAAUCUUACACUUGAGGACCUUGUUGGAAUGUCAAAAUCAUCAAAUUAAAAUC